AGAUGAUGUUGCUCGAUUUUCAACAAACCUAUGCACAUGUUACCUUCGGUCUUUCCAUAUUUUCAAAUUGUUUAUUGCUUUCUUUAUUGCUGUUUCGAAGUGACCGAAAUCUUGGAAGCUACAAAUAUUUGAUGUUUGCAUUCUCAUUUUUGGGGAUUUUCUUCUCAAUCGUCGACUUUUUGAAUAAGCCGAUGGUGCACAUUUUUGGUGGAGCAUACUUGGUAUUCAGUCUGAACUCUCUUGGCCUUCCUCAUUUCCUAGCAAAUUGGUUCAACGCACUUAACUGUUCAUGUUAUGGAAUGACAAUAUCAUUAUUGGCUGUUCAUUUUAUUUAUCGAUACUUGGCAGUUUGUAGACCAAAUCAAAUGAGCUGGUUCAUGUGGCCUCAUGCAAUUGUUUGGUUUUUGUUUUGCUCCGAAAUUUCCUUUGAAUGGUGGAUUACUGCGGUGUUAUUUGCUGGAGAAACUACAAAAAUUGAUGAACUGAUCAAAGACUCAAUGGAAACCAAUUACAAUUUGACAAAAGGAGAAUUUAUUUAUGCAGCUUCUCUUUAUUAUAAAACUGAUGAUUCCGGGGCCAAAGCAAUUUCAUGGCCUGAUAUAUUGUUUGCAGUCAAUGUGGUCAAGCUUAUUAGUAUCUGCAUGAUCAUUGUUUUAUUUUGCGGAAUUUCAACAUUUCGAAAACUUCGAACACUUCGUCAUUAUUCGAAACGAACGACAAAUCUUCAAAAUCAACUUUUCAAAGCUCUAGUGACUCAAACCAUUAUUCCAGUCGUCACAAUGUUCAUACCUGCAGCUGUUAUGAUGUUAGCUCCGUUGUUUGAAGUAACUCUAGGAUCUUACGAAGUUCUGGUUAUGCCAGUAAUAACAACAUAUCCGUGUGUUGAUCCAAUAGUUGUCAUAUUCUUUGUAAAAGAUUACCGACAAGCAAUAUGGCAGACGAUUCGAUGCAAAAGAUGUCUCUUUAGCAGAAGCCGAUACUCUCUUCGUGGAACUGCUGUGUCAUUUAUAACCGAGGCGUCAUGAUAAUUUUUGAAAUUUUAAUUACAUAUUUCUGUGGAUGCUCAUGUUGGUGAAAAUUUAAAAUAUAUCUCAAAAGUUCAACGGGUGAAUUCUAAUAGUCUAAUAAAUACGUUUAAUUGC